AUGUCUCUUUCUUCUGAUACCCUUGUUGGUUCUUCCAAAGAUUCCAAUGAUAUUAAGAAAAAUGUUGUUGAUGAUCCCAGCUCUGUAGAAUCUUCUGCUAAUUCUUCUAAGUUUCCUACUCCAAAUAAUUAUUUGGAUGACAAACCUUCAAGAAUUGUUCAUUAUAAACCUGGUGAACAAAUUCAUAUCAAAAGGGCUUCAAGUAAAGAUCAAGAUAGAUUUGCAAAUGAAGAUAAUUUCUUCUUUCUUAACUCUCAUAUUUCAAAAAAUCAUGCUUCAAUUUCUUUACUUGGUGAUGUUUUGAAAAUCAAAGAUAAUAACUCUACAUUUGGUACUAUCUUGAAUGAUUCCUUUUUAAUUCCUGGUCAUUGGUUUGAAUUAUGUGAUGAUGAUGUUUUGGGAUUAAUUAUUUCAAAACCUUCAGAAUAUGUUCGUAAAAUUCAUCAGAAAUAUGUUACUAAUGGUGAUCAUGUGAUUUCUCUUGAUUAUUUUAAUAAUCCUCAGUUAGGUUUGAAAUUUAGGGUUAAUUUGGAUUAUGAUAAUAACUGGAUUAAAUUAACCCAAAUUUCUGGAAAUUCUACUUCAAGCGUUAUUAAUAUUGAUGAUGAUAAUGAAACUAAAGUCUUUGAUAUUGAAGAUGAUGUUAUUGAUGUUGAUCACGUUGCAGAAUCUCUGAAUACCCCCAUUGUAGUUAAUGUUGAAGAAGACUCCUCUUUUGAUCAAGAUACUCAUCAAAAUGAAGAGAAAGUUCUUGAAUAUGAACCCUAUGCAGUUUUAGGUGAAGACGAAGAUCAAGUGAAGAAUGACGAAAAUCUAUCUCAUCAUGAUGACAAAAAAUUAUUGAAGUUUGCUAGACUUAAAGAAGAAAUCCAUUCGUAUCAUAAGGCAAAACAAUCAGAAAAAGCAAAUAAUGAUCAAAUUAAACAAAAUUUCGAAAAUUAUCAAUCUAUCAUUGAUGAUGAGGAAGCCGAUAAGAAAAAUGACCAUGAUGAUGUAAAUGACGAUUGCAAGAAACUGGAUGAUUCCAAAGAUGAAAUCGAUUAUGAAUUUUAUUCAGAUGGCGUCUCAGAAGAUUUUGGUUAUAUAGUUAAAAACCCACCAGUUAAAUACGUUAUGAAUGAUUCUGAAGACGACAAUGAUGAAAGCGAUGAGGAUUUCGCUUUGAAUGAAACGAAAAACGACGUUGAUGACGAGUUCAUCUCCGAUGUUAAAUACGUUAUGAAUGAUUCUGAAGAAGAAGAUGAAAGUGAUGAAGACUUCGUUUUCACUGAAACGAAAAACGAUGUUGAUGACGAGUUCAUCUCUGAUGUUAAUGAUUCUGAUCUCGAACCGGAAGACGAUGAUGAUGACGACUUUUCUCCAGAUGAAACUAAUGAAGUUGAUAAUAAGAAUGGUAAGCCUCCAAAGAGUUCGGAAAUUGUGAAUACUGAAUCUGACUCUGAGUCUAGUUCUGAUUCUGGUUCUGAUUCUGGUUCUGAUUCUGGUUCUGACUCUAGUUCUGAUUCAAGCUCCAAUUCAGAGCCUCAAUCUGAAAGGUUUUAUAAAGUAGUUCUCGAUAAAGAAACGAAGGACCAUGGCAAAUCUGAUGCUAAUCACGAUAAAGAAGAUGUUUCUGAUUCCGAGAUGUCAUCUGAUAGUUCGAGUGACUCUAACAUAACCUCAGUGAUUCCUAAAUCAUUUUGGUUGGUUGAUGCUAGUGAUUGUUCGAGUGAUUCUACCCCAUAUUAUAACGGGAAAGUUGGCUCCGGCCUUUCUGGUGAAGAAACCGAGCUUGCAUCAGAUUUUGGUGUUAAUCAUGCUAAAGAUGAACCUUGUUGGACUGUUUAUUCGGAUGACAUUUAUUCACUUGAAGAUGGGGAUAGUGGUAUCAAAAAAGAAUUUCGUUCCUCUGAAGAAGAUAGACCAAGAAAGAGAUCUUUUAGUGAUGUUGAAAGUGAUGAUGCAGACUUUAAAAACUCAACUGAAAUCACUCAUGAGCAUAUUAUCAAAAGACCUAAGCCAAACAAUCCAUCAUUGACCAAGCGUGCAUUUAUUGAAGUUAGUAAAGCUGUCUUGUAUGCGGUUGGAACUGUUCUUGCACUUGGAAUCUAUGGUAGUACUCUUACUUCUGAAAAUGAGAACUAA